AUGAAAGUUAGUCUAAUAACUUCUGUACGUCGUAGUAUAAACUACCGACUUGGUAGACUUUACAAUUCAUUCUAUUACUCUCAGAGUAAUAACAAAUAUGUCAUGGUAUUCGCCUUUCCGGCGUUUCUCUGGUACAUUCGCUACAGGGCAGACACCAAACUGGGCUAUAGACUCUACAUUUCCCCAACCGCUUUGGGACCUCUGGACUACCUCGAUAAAGUAGAUUCUUCCAAAGAAACUUUGGAGGAAGAAGCCAAAGAGCCGUCAGUUUUCGAGAAGAUUGGCGAAAAGUUCGAGUGGCUCACCGAAAAGGUUUCAGGCUCCGCUCCGUUGGUUAAGAAUUGGACGAAUGGAAAAAAGAUUUACCUCCCAGACGAUGUUACUGUUAGUGACUUGAAAAGGCUCGUAUAUGGCAAUAACACCGCCGCCCAGAGAGAUGUUCUGGUCGGAUGUAAGGGAAGGAUUAUGAACAAUGACGAUAAUUUGGCCCUUGCAACCAGGGCUUUUUGUAAAAGAGACCCUAGACUCGUCCUAUGGAGGGAGGGUCGCAUCGCUUCUUAA